GGUGCCGGUCCACUAAAUCAGACACAAACACAGGGCAGCCCAACACCGUACCAGUGUCUAUACCUUGCAGCAACACUAUGUCUGAUCCUGUAGGUCCUGGAGACACUGGCCAGGGCUACAUCGCUGGUUAUCCGCCUCAUCCAGAUCAAGGUCAGAUUCACUAUCCUUAUCCACCAGAGUCGAGCGGACAACCUGCUGUUCCUCCCAACCCUGGCUUUUAUCCUGAGUAUCAAAACCCUGUCUACCCUCCUGCCUUUGGACCUGGACUUCCCCCUGCUCAGCCGCCCCAGUGGAAUGCCCCUCCAACCCACUACAACCCAUCUGCACCUGUGAACUAUACACCAGUAAUGAACCCAGCAUGAUGAAUAUGAAUGAAUUGCCGCCAACUGCUCACACCUCAGCCUGAGUCUCAACCAUCUGAUAGGACCAGCAUUUCUAUGGAUAUCCUUAACUCCAGUAACUCUGGUGUCAAGUUUGACGUGAACAAAGGAAAGUCUUCUGGCAGCAACUUCCUGUAGUUACUCCAAAAUCCUGAAUUAUCCCUGCACGGGAUGUAGAAACAAACACUUGUUUGUUAGAUUCAUACAAAAUCCAAGCCUUAA